AUGUGGAUAAGCAAUCUAGCGUUCUUCGUUAAGAUGAGCAACAUGACAAGUGAAAGUGAGGAGAGAAUGAAUUCACCGAAUGAUGAAGCCAGCAGUGAAAGAAACAUGAUAGGAAAUGGGACACUGAAGAAAGGUCCAUGGACAUCUGCUGAAGAUGCAAUUUUGGUGGAUUAUGUGAACAAAAACGGAGAGGGGAAUUGGAAUGCUGUUCAGAAGCACUCUGGGCUUUCUCGUUGUGGUAAAAGCUGUCGUUUAAGGUGGGCAAAUCACUUAAGACCUGAUCUCAAAAAAGGUGCCUUUACACCAGAGGAGGAACGCCGCAUCAUUGAACUCCAUGCUAAAAUGGGCAACAAAUGGGCACGCAUGGCUAUUGAGUUACCCGGACGUACAGAUAAUGAAAUCAAGAAUUUCUGGAACACAAGAACCAAGAGACGGCAGCGUGCGGGUUUACCGAUUUACCCUCCAGACGUAUGCCUCCAAACACUAAACGACAACACACAAUCCCAAAACAUGGGCACAUUCCCAAACGGAGAUAUAUCAUCAUCACAUCCCGAAAUCUUGCCAAAUAACAACUUCCAAAUCCCAGCAGUGGAGUUCAAGAAUUUAGGAUUAAGCCAUGAGUUAUUUGCCCCAAGCCUCCUGGAUAAUUUUCUCGAUAUUCCCGGAAAUACCCUCCUCGGAUCCAAUUUCCUAUUCCCGAUUUCACAUCCUCCCAAAAGAAUCAGAAGAUCCGAUCCAUAUCCCAUCUAUGAUGGUGGUGGUUUGAAUGAUAUUUUUCUAUAUGAAGAUUCAGGCAGCCAUGCCUUUUUAAAUGGCAACACUUCUUCUUCUUCUGAUCCCAUUUCAUGGGCCACGAAGAUGGAGCUCCCUUCACUCCAAUAUUCUUCUACCCAAAUGGGUAGCUGUGGUGCACCUUCUUCCCCGCUGCCUUCCCUUGAAUCUAUCGAUACUUUGAUCCAAUCUGCUCUGAUUGGUCAUCAAAAGUCGGAUAAUAGGAACAGCGGUUUGUUGGAAGCCGUGCUCUACGAGUCACAAACUUUGAAAACCUCAAAUUCAAAGAAUUCCAAUUGCAAUUCCAAUGAUGCUGCUGCUGCCUGUUCCUCUGAUGAUAAUGAUGAUGACUGGGAAGCUUAUGGGGACCCGAUGUCACCCUUGGGUCAUUCUGCUGCAUCCGUCUUCAGUGAAUAUACUCCUCAUACCUCACUCGAUGAACAUCAUGAUCAAUCCCUCGAGGCCAUUUCAGUGAAACAGGAAGCAGAAGCAGCAGCAGCAGCAGAUGAAACUGGUGGUAAGCAAUCAGAGAGAGAAGACAAUGACAAUGACAAUGAGAUGAUGAUGAUGAAGUAUUGCAGGCCAGAUUUGCUUCUGGACUCCCCCUGGUUUGGUGGUGGUGGUGGUGGUGGUGGUUCCACUUCCACUUCAAACAAAGACCAUUGUGGGCUGCUAAUCGACCCUCUCGGUGCACUUUUUCCUGAUGAUUUUUGCAACGCCUCCAACCACAUGUCUGUGCCUGGGCCUUCUUCACCCUUUGAUGUUUGAUGAGAAGAUGAAAUCUGUUAAUUACUUUGAAAAUUUUCUGGUAUGGAUUCAUUAUGAGGAUCUUAUUUGGUUAAAUGUUGAUUAGACCUCAGACCCUUGGUCCUUUGUUGUUUCUACUACCUUUGAUUUGACUUUCUCAUGUUAUAGACUUGUUUUGCCUAUAUUUCCACUAAAAAUGUUCAUCGAUAAUGUGUUCCCUAACAAUUUUACAACUGGAUAUUGGAAAUAUAUUGUAUUCACACCCAUUGUGC